GCCGCGCGCGCACGCGCGCACGCACGCACUCACUCACUCAGGACGCGCGACGGAAGCGGGAGAAGAGCAGCAGGAGCAACAGCAGAAUGGCCUCGUGCGCUCGCGUGCUCUCGCGCUGCCUCGCGCUCUACUGCGCGCUGCUCCUGGGCUGCGCGCGCUGCGAGGACGACGAUGGCGGCGAGGACGACGAGCACAGCAGGCACACGUACACGGUGGAGAUGUUCAAGAGCGCCGUGCCCACGGCCCCGCACUUCGUCAUGUUCUACGCGCCCUGGUGUGGUCAUUGCCAGAGGCUCCAGGGCACAUGGAACCAACUGGCGGAUAAAUACAACAACAUGGAGUCGCCAGCUGUCUACGUGGUCAAGGUGGACUGCACCAAGGACACCAAGUUCUGCUCUGACCACGGCGUCAGGGGCUACCCGACUCUGAAGCUCUUCAGACCUGAACAGGAGUCAGUCAAGUACCAGGGAUCUCGGGACCUGGAGUCGCUCGAGUCUUGGAUGCUCAAGAUGCUGGAUGAGGACCCUUCUGAGCCUGAGAGCGAACUGGAGCCACCCAAGGCCCCCGAGCCAAAGCAGGGCAUGUAUGAGCUCACUGGCACCAACUUCAAGGCCCAUGUUGCCAAAGGACUCCACUUUGUCAAGUUCUUCGCCCCUUGGUGCGGUCACUGCAAGGCCAUGGCUCCUGCCUGGGAGCAGUUGGCCACUUCGUUUGAGCACUCUGACACGGUGAAGAUCGGCAAGGUGGAUUGCACGCAGCACUAUGAGGUCUGCUCCGAAAACCAAGUGCGCGGAUAUCCUACUUUACUGUUCUUCAAGGAUGGAGAGAAAGUGGACCAGUACCGCGGUAAGCGGGACCUCGACUCCCUGAAGGAGUUUGUGGACAACCAGGUGAAGGUGAUACCUGACGUGGUGGAUGAGCCGCAGGCUGAGAAGGUGAUGCCACCCACCGAGGAGCCUGCUGAAGAGCAGUCCAGAGUCAUUGUCCUCAGCGAGAGCAACUUUGAUGACACGGUGGCCAAAGGGCUGACUUUCGUCAAAUUUUACGCCCCCUGGUGUGGCCACUGUAAAAACCUUGCUCCAACCUGGGAAGAUCUGGCCAGCAAGGAGUUUCCGGGGCUCAUGGACGUGAAGAUAGCCAAGGUGGACUGCACCGUGGAGCGCUCUCUCUGCAACCGCUUUUCCGUGCAUGGCUACCCCACCCUGCUGAUGUUCCGGGCAGGGCAGCAGGGGGAGGAGCACAAUGGUGGGCGGGAUCUUGAGAGUUUGCACAGCUUCGUGAUGAAGCAAGCCAGGGACGAGCUGUAAAACUCACCUACCAUCCCACACCUCUUGUCUCCGCUCUCCGGCCACUUUGAAUCAGCCCCCAGAGGGCGCUCUCUUAAUCAUUUUACACCAAACCAGGAGAGGGACUAUUUUAAUAACUCUGUGACCAAAAACACAACACAAAUAGUGGUCUGAUUCCAUGAUCAUAAUUGCUUUGUUUUUUAAAUGUGAAUGUAUUAAAUUUAGUUUCAGUUCAUGUCCUCUUGGUGUGGAGCAGUGGCUCUUGACUACACUCCAAUCACAAGUGACUGACAGCCACUGCGGUUCUCUCUCUGUCAUAGAGACAUUUUUGCACAAGACCAGUUAAUCCCACACUGAAAAACACCUCGCAGCUGGCAGAACUGUGC